GAUAUUUUGAUGUGAAAAUUGGGGCAUGACAAUCUGGUAUCGGUGGUGCCGACAUUUCCGUAUCGAUCCGCACAUCACUCGUUGCUGCCACGGCGGCGCGCACAUGUCCUCCUCUUUGUCUGCCUUCCCGGCGUCACUUGGCUGCCAUGGACACAACCCGCGGGCCGUCUUUGUCGUUUCCGAGCAUCCCCUGAAGCGCUCAUCGCUCUCUCUCUCUCUCUCUCUCUCUCUCUCUCUCUCUCUCGGCGUGUUUACUUACCCGCGCCACGGCGCUCCACUUCCCGCCGUGCCCACCUGGAACCUGCAGGAUGUGUCUGGCUGCAGGGCUGCUUUGUUGGAGAUGAUGCGCAGAUGGUCUCUCCGUGUGUUUAGGUUUAUGUGGAGCUGCACUCCUCCUUCCUCACCCUCAUUGUCAUCGUCGUCCCAUCCCGAGUGGAGCUCCAUGCCCGGGCUUCUUGGGUCAACAUGUGCCCAGCAUCAGCUGCCAGUGACGGCAGCACCGCCAGCAUCGCCCCUGAAGAAGACUUGGACAACAAUGCCAGGGCUGAGAACAGGCCCGCGGGCGACUCAUCUGGUCUUUACGGGCGACCUGGUGCCCACGGGCACCGCGUUGGUGACCCCUGAUCUAUCUACAUCGAUGUCUUUUCUGUGUCUUUACACUUGCAUGUAAUAUUUUCCUAUCUGUCCGCUUUUGUUUUUGCACGAAAACCCUUUCCUCCUCUCUGUAGGUCCAAUGAUGGUCAUUGGAAUGUUGCUAAAUGUGUUAUUAUAUAUAUUUACAAUAUUUGAUGUAAAAUGUACUUAUC